UGGCCCACAGACUAUAGUAGUCGUACACUCGGAGUCGUAGUCGUAGAUCUACUCCCUGCUUUGCACUGCAGUCUGCAGAUCUGAUCAUCUUCAAGUCAGUGCAAGCAGAGACGUUUGUUUUCAAACUGCAGUAGAUCUGCGCGAUCCCUCUCCUGUCCGCAAUUCGUUCCAGUUGCUGGCGCACCAAUGAUCAGCGAUACUCAACUGCUGUUAUGGCGACUUCUCGUCUCUCCUCCUUGCCACUUUCAGGCAUCCGGAUAUUGGAUAUGACGAGAGUACUUGCAGGUCCGUUCUGUACUAUGCUCUUAGCUGACCUUGGAGCUGAGGUUGUGAAGGUUGAACGACCAGGUUGUGGCGAUGACACCAGAUCCUGGGGUCCACCGUUUGUCGGUGGAGAGAGUUCUUACUUCUUCUCCGUCAACCGUAACAAGAAAAGUAUAGCAGUUGACUUCAAACAAGAUCGCGGUGCCCAGAUUAUCAAACAGCUAGCUAGUGAAAGCGAUGUCCUGAUAGAGAACUACGUACCGGGAAAGCUAUCCGAGUACGGUCUGGACUACACGACGUUGUCAUGCCAACAUCCCAAGCUUGUCUACUGCUCCCUGACUGGCUUUGGAUCGAGUGGUCCGUAUGCACAACGGCUCGGCUAUGAUGUCAUCGCUGCUGGCAUGGGUGGUUUGAUGGCGCAGACUGGACCAGAGAAUGGAGAGCCCAUCAAGGUUGGUGUUGCCAUGACAGACAUGGCCACUGGUCUGUACGCGCAUGGUGCCAUAUUGGCUGCAUUACGUCAUCGUGAUGUCACCGGUCAGGGACAGCUGGUCGAGUGCUCCCUGUACCACACGCAGGUAGCAUGUAUGAUACACGCGGUCACACAAUUCCUCAACGGCGGUGUCAUGCCCAAGCGUAUGGGAACUGCGCAUACCAGCAUUGUGCCAUACCAGGCGUUUGAAACCGCUGAUGGUUAUGUGCUGGUCGGCGCGGGCAACAAUGGUCAAUUUGCCGACCUAUGCGCCCGCCUGGACUUGUCACAUCUAGCCGAAGACGAGCGGUACACGAGUAACAUGAAACGUGUCGACAACCGAGACCAGCUACUGGCAGAGCUAUCACGUCGGUUUCUGCAGCUGAGUACAGCUGAAUGGUUGGAGAAGUUUGACGGUGCACCAAUGCCAUAUGGCCCAAUUCAGGAUAUUGAACAGGUCAUCAACGAUCCUCACACGAAGCAUCAGAACAUGAUACAGGAGAUAGAACAUCCUACGGCUGGACAGAUCUCCAUGCAAGGUCCAGCGGUGCACUACAGUGGCUUUGAGCAGACCAUCAACCGCGCACCUCCGUUGCUAGGACAACACAAUGCGGCGGUGCUACGUGAUUGGCUGGAGAUGAGUGACCCGGACAUUGAGAGUCUUGUGUCGGAUGGUGUGCUGGGUACCUCAGUGUAGGUCAUCAACAACUGUGGAGAGAGAGAGCAGAGAGAGCAGAGAGAGAAAGAGAGAAAGAGAGCAGAGAAAGAGAGCAGAGAGAGAGAGAGAGAGAGAGAGAGAGAGAGAGAGAGAGAGAGAGAGAGAGAGAGAGAGAGAGAGAGAGCAGAGAGCAGAGAGCAGAGAGCAGAGAGCAGAGAGCAGGGAAGGUGAACAUGUCUCGCUCACUCUACUGGAGCGUGGCAAUGGCGGAGGAGAGUUAGAACGACGCUGCACUGCUGUCUCCAUGGCUGACCGCCAUGCUUGUCCACGUGCACACCCUGUACAGCCAUUAUGGUGAUGACCGUUGUAAUGGUUUGCUGCUGCUGCUGCGUUGUGCCAGGGACAGUGAACCCUCAUCAUCCAUUGCUGCUGCGUUGUGCCAGGGACAGUGAAUCCUCAUCAUCCAUUGCUGCUGCGUUGUGCCAGGGACAGUGAACCCUCAUCAUCCAUGCAGCCGUUGUUAAUACACACACACGCUGCGUGUGUCUGCUGCUGAUUUUGAAAUAAUUAUGACGUGUGUUAGGAUACUCUGGCUCCCUAUGCCGGUACAUGCCCCCCCCCCCCCCCUCCCUCUCCCCCCUCCCCUUUCUACACUGCCGUGCUAUUUUCACUGACUUUCUCACUACAUUUUUGUAUAUUAAUUUAUCAUUGCCGUAUUUGAAUUCAAAGCCGUACUAACGAGGUCCCAAAAGUGUGAGCCGCUGGUUCAAGUACACAUUACGCUGGUUCAAGUACACAUUUUACGGUAACUUUGUACAGUGUAGUUGUAGCGUAGUUCAUCAUGCCUUUCACGGUUGUCUUUUCAUUCUCUCCUUUUUUCUGUUUUUGGCUUUCUCUCUCGCGCCUGAAGUUUUCCUCUCAGUUAGACGAGAACUCCUUCCAGAAUAACAAUACUUUUUUCCCUCUGGAAUUUAGUGGGCUUACGUCGUGAAACCGUUUUUAAAAACUGCACGGUUUAUUGCCUCUUAAGGCCAUCAUUUUUUAUUUCAUUUUUUAUAUCAUUUUUUAUAUCAUUUUUUAUAUCUAUGUUUCGCGUCGUCCGCACGCAUACGUUUUGAUUUUUUUCGGAAAAAAAAUAAAAAAUCAAUCAUGUACAGUUUA